GCCGCCUGUCGCCCGCCCAGCGCCGCUCGGCCGCAGCUCCCUCCCCUCAAAGUUUCCUCAGAGCAGAAACCUUCUCGAAGGGCUGCCCAGGGAGAUGGAUUUCUGAAGCUGUGUCUGGGGGUGGCUUUUCUUACAGCACCUCCCCGCCUUGUCCUCACCUAAUCCGAGCAGAAAGUAGAUUUUCCAAAUUAAGGGGAGGAAAGGGGGAGGAGUAUUAUCUAGAGAGAGACACAAGAGAGGAGCAGCCGCAACAGAGAAUUUCCGCUGCUUUCCUGCCUGAUGCCGGGGAGCUGACUGAGGGGCCUGCAGGGUUAAAGAAGAACAUUCAAUAGAAAGCCAAGUUGAGCGAGGACGGCCGUGAGGCUUCCGGAGGCCGGGAAGGUUGUCCGGGUCUUGGUUUCCUCAGGCGUGGAGAUCGGGAGCCGCCGCCAGGGCGAGGGCUUUCAGCCGCCAUCCCCUCUUAAUCCCUCGGGAAGGCAGAGCCGGCCGCGCUGGGGCGGGGGCGUCACGGAAAAGCUUCUGGACCUGUGUGUGCCGCAUCCUUGGCUUUGGAUUUUAAGGACAUGAGAUAGAAUUAACAGCGUCUCAAGGGAAUCUGUUGGAGAUGGUUUCAAGAUGUAGACCCCUUAGAUAUGAAGUGUCCCAAAUGAAGCUGGAGUAUCCACACUGAAAUUGCUUCAUAUUGUGGAAUUGAAGAGUAGCACUGGAAAGCUGUGUUAUGAGCUGCUUGGGCUUCUAAAGUGUCUAAUUGAGUUUUGAUCAUAUGAGGUACUACACAAAUGCUAGAGAUACUGGAAAAAACACAACACAAGCCCCUGUCCUCUAGGACGUCACAGUUUAAGAGGAAGGAAUGACAAUCAUGAAAUAGGAUCACGUGAAGAGGCUCAGAGCAGAACAUUGAAAGUGGCCACCAUCAGCAUGAGGAACCUAAGUAAAACUGGUGAAAUGAGCAGAACAGAAUGCAGUUUUCAAGGUUCAUUUCAAGCAGUUGGCUUGUGGGACUCUGAGAGAUGCUGCUGCCCAUGACACGUUGGAAUUAUCAUGAUCAACUACCCAGUUUGGAUUUCACCCAGUGGCCAAGAGCUUUGCAUGGUAGACAGCAAGGGUUGGAUUUUUAAAAAAAGUAAACCAGGCCCGUGACCAAGGUCAGCCUCAGAGGCGGAGUCAUGCUUCACCCGGCCGGAUCCUGUUGGCAGCCGCUCCUGGGUCUGACUGUGGUGUUAGUGUUCAUGGCGCCCACCGCUGGCUGCCCAGCUCGCUGCGAGUGCUCUGCCCAGAACAAGUCCGUCAGCUGCCACCGACGGCGUCUGAUCGCCAUCCCAGAGGGCGUUCCCAUCGAGACCAAGAUUUUGGACCUCAGCAAGAACAGGCUAAAGAGUGUCAACCCUGAAGAAUUCAUAUCAUAUCCUCUGCUGGAAGAGAUAGAUUUGAGUGACAACAUCAUUGCCAAUGUGGAGCCAGGAGCCUUUAACAAUCUCUUUAACCUUCGUUCCCUCCGCCUAAAAGGCAAUCGUCUGAAGUUGGUCCCUUUGGGGGUGUUCACAGGGCUCUCCAACCUCACCAAGCUUGACAUUAGUGAGAAUAAGAUUGUCAUUUUACUGGACUACAUGUUCCAGGACCUGCAUAACCUGAAGUCUCUAGAAGUGGGGGAUAAUGAUUUGGUUUAUAUAUCACACAGGGCCUUCAGUGGGCUGCUUAGCUUGGAGCAGCUCACCCUGGAGAAGUGCAACUUGACAGCAGUACCAACGGAAGCCCUCUCCCACCUCCGCAGCCUCAUCAGCCUGCACCUGAAGCAUCUCAACAUCAACCACCUGCCCGUGUAUGCCUUUAAAAGACUAUUCCACUUGAAACACCUAGAGAUCGACUAUUGGCCUUUACUGGAUAUGAUGCCUGCCAACAGCCUCUACGGUCUCAACCUCACAUCCCUCUCCAUCACCAAUACCAACCUGUCCACGGUCCCCUUCCUUGCCCUUAAACACCUGGUGUAUCUGACCCACCUUAAUCUCUCUUACAAUCCCAUCAGCACUAUUGAAGCAGGCAUGUUCUCUGACCUGAUCCGCCUUCAAGAGCUUCAUAUAGUGGGGGCCCAGCUCCGCACCAUUGAGCCUCACUCUUUCCAAGGGCUCCGCUUCCUUCGAGUGCUCAAUGUGUCUCAGAACCUACUGGAAACUUUGGAAGAGAAUGUCUUCUCGUCCCCUCGGGCUCUGGAGGUCCUGAGCAUCAAUAACAACCCCCUGGCCUGUGACUGCCGGCUCCUCUGGAUCCUGCAGCGACAUCCCACCCUGCAUUUUGGUGGCCAGCAGCCCAUGUGUGCUGGCCCAGACACCAUUCGUGAGAGGUCAUUCAAGGACUUCCACAGCACUGCCCUUUCUUUUUACUUUACCUGCAAAAAACCCAAAAUCCGAGAAAAGAAGUUACAGCAUCUACUGGUGGAUGAAGGGCAGACAGUCCAGCUGGAAUGCAGUGCUGAUGGAGACCCUCAGCCUGUGAUUUCCUGGGUGACACCUCGAAGGCGUUUCAUCACCACCAAGUCCAAUGGAAGAGCCACCGUGUUGGGCGAUGGAACCUUGGAAAUCCGCUUUGCCCAGGAUCAGGACAGUGGGAUGUAUGUUUGCAUCGCUAGCAACGCUGCUGGGAACGACACCUUCACAGCCUCGUUGACUGUGAAAGGAUUCACUUCAGACCGCUUCCUUUAUGCCAACAGGACCCCUAUGUACAUGACCGAUUCCAAUGACACCAUUUCCAAUGGCACUAAUGCCAAUACUUUCUCCCUGGACCUUAAAACCAUACUGGUGUCUACAGCUAUGGGCUGCUUCACAUUCCUGGGAGUGGUUUUAUUUUGUUUUCUCCUCCUUUUUGUGUGGAGCCGAGGGAAAGGCAAGCACAAAAACAGCAUUGACCUUGAGUAUGUGCCCCGAAAAAACAAUGGUGCUGUUGUGGAAGGGGAGGUGGCUGGACCCAGAAGGUUCAACAUGAAAAUGAUCUGAGGAUCUCCCACUCACACUACUGUUCCUGUGUCAUUGUUGGUAACCAGUGUGAUGGCCUGGCCCAGGAAAGCACUAGGUGAAGAGGGAGCUUAGGGCAGCUGCCCUGUGUCAAAGCAGGGUCCCCGGAAGCAGGAGGACUUCUUGCAGAGCCGCUCCACACCACCUAGAGGCAGGCAGGCCUGUGUCAGAGCCCUCACAGUGGGAUACUAAUCGUUUGCAUUGCAAAUACUGGCAUUCUGGGGAUCUCAGUAAUGAACCUGAACCUUUGGCUUGUGCUUAUGGACAAGUUAUUCAACAUUUUCUACCACUGCAAAAACAAAAGAAAUAAAAAGGAACACCUACAAUGUAGGAUUUCCAUAUUAAAAAGACACAUUUGUCUAAAACAUACUCUACAGAAAAAUUUGUAUCUAUGAUUAUCAGUUGUUAAAGCCUUGCAUCAUACCAUAUUGUUGGUUCUACACCACAAAGAAAUCAAUAUAUUCUUUACUUUUUUUUGAAACAUAUAUGCUGUAUAUGUUUUAAAGCAAUAUGAAUGAGAGGUUGUGCUUUUAGUUACUCACCAC